UUGUUGGGUGCUGAGGUAAAGUAUGUGACGUAAGAGGUUUCUCAACCAAUCGCCCUGCACCAAGGGAAAAGCGCUCAGACUCGCUAGCUGGGCGGGAUUGCGUGUGUAGGCGGAGACAUACAGUACACCCAUAAGCGGCCAUACUCGUCGGUCCGCGCACUCUUUGCUAAACUUUGAAAAGAACCGAUGAAAGCAGCCUUCUUCAGAGGAAGCGACGGAGUAAAAAAUGGCCCACGUUGUGAAGUUAAAGGGACUGGACGUGAACGCGAGUGCCGAGGACAUUCGGGACUUUUUCCCCCGUUUGCACAUCCCCGUGCACGGCGUCUGGAUCUGGAUCCUGGGAGGACCGAACCACGAGGCCUUCAUUGCCUUCAAGUCUCAAAAAGAGGCACAACGUGCUGUUCGCCACAGUGGACGUACCCUGAGAGGCUCCAAGGUGAUUAUACGCUUAAGUUGUGUUGCAGAACUGGAAAAAAAACUGCAAUACUAUGAGAAGAAGAGGAAAAAACACUCCCGUCGUGCAUCUCGGCCACGUGUAGAAGAAAGGUCCGAGGAGCCGCAAGUUUUUCACCCACCGACUUCCCCACCUCGUGAUCCUAGAAUUGCAUCAGUUUACGCUCCCACAAUUCUACCACCAACCGUGCAAAAUGGAGAUUUGCAGACUUUCGACAAGCCACAUGAUUGCAAAAUAUACUCAAAUAUUAUUCCUACGGGGGGUCUACAGAACUUUGAAAAACCAUGUGAUCCCAGGAUAGCUCCCAUUGUUAAUGGGUGUCCACAGAUACAUGAAAGGCAAUGUGAUCCCAGAACAAUUCCUGUUCCCAGUGGGGGCCCACAGGUGGGUGAUGAGUUACAUGAGCACAGAAUUUCAUCACAGAUUGUUCCCAGUGAUUUUCUACAGAUGUCCGACAAGUCGAAAUCUCCCCCAAAAUACAAACCUGUUGUUCCCAGUCAAGGUCCGUUGACAUGUGGCGAGCCACUUAAUUGUACCACUUUCUCUCCUCCUGGUGAUUGCGUACAGAAUGCUGAUCACCCAGAGACAUCAGACCCUUUACACAAGGCGUUUCUCCUGGGGGUUCGUACAGCUUUGGAAAGUUUCCAGUCCUACCCAAGUGAACAACGGGAGGUUUUGCCGGAACAUUUACAUGCAAUUAUGCCAGAGACACAGAUGUCAGGACCAGGUUACGUGAGGCUGUUUGGACUUCCAGCCUCGAUUACAAAAGAGGAUAUUAGUUUGUUCUUCCAAGGGUUGAAGGUCACGGAAGUCGUAGUCAACAUGAAGUUGGAACACCGUCACGUGUGCCUUGUCAAGUUCGACGAUAAGCAAGACUCGAUUCGUGCAGAGCAGUUCAACAACCAAUACAUGGGCCCAAUUUGUGUGGAAGUACGUAAAGCCACAGAGAAGAUGUGGAAACUAGGGUUGGAAGAGUGUGAAAGCGUUUUCCAUGAUGACGCAAGGAACUCUUUGAGAGACACAGCAAACCAGAAACAGAAAUUCAGGUUGGAGGAAAACCACAAUUCUCUCAAAAAAGCCAGACUGUUUCCUGCGUGUAAAGAGUACAUUGUCAAGGUCUGCAAUCUCCCCCUGUUGACAACGAAGACUGAAUUAAGGCAAGUGUUUGACUGUCAUGAAAUGGAAAAAUCCAAUAUACAACAUCUACUUGACAAGAACGGCGACAGAACAGAUACAGCCUUUCUAAUUUUUCACCGCAUAACGGACUGCGAACAUGCAAUGAGUCGUGACGGCUGGCUCCUUGGCUCGAACCACAUCCAAGUGUCGAUAAUUAACAGAGAUGAAAUGAUGGACAUGAAAAGGAAAAAUGACUGGCCUCUGAACCUUUCGAAGAGGAAAUCCCACGCGAGAAGCGAGAUGCUGAAAAAGAACCUGGGUGCUGACGCAAACACGUGCUUGUUAGUUCAAAACAUGCCCGAGUAUAUGAAGGAAAGCUUGAUACUUAAGCUCUCACAAAAAUAUAACAUCACAACAGACGAUAUAAUUACUUUAAAUGAUGGCAAAGCUUCUUGCACGGCCAUGGUGCAGUUUAAAUCCUUCAAACUUGUUUCCAUGGCCCAUAAACUCACCCAAGACUUAUUGGGAGAAAACGCCAUUAUAAAGCGUAUAACUGCGAAUCAAAUGAAUAUCUUUGCGAAUGAGGGCCUGCGUUAAAGGCGCGGCUUUGGAACCAAAGGCUGAAACGUUUUUAUAUGGCAAAUAUAGUGGAGGGGGAAAAUGUCAUUGCCACAACCCCCCCCCCCCCCUACUCACAGAUUCUUAGAAUUAUCACAAGCACCCCUAAAACCUUUUUUAUACCCCUGGUCCCAAUAUCAGAUUUUUGGCUGGCCUUGGAAAAACAUCCAUUUCAUCAAAGGGGAAAAAAAAGUGACAGUCUUCAAGAAACUACAUUUUUCUCCUGUAUGGUUGCUGACGUAUCCAGUUUGGUUCUUGUCGUUACAACCACUUACUUGGGAAACUUGAAUGUUCUCUUUUAGCAAGAAGAGAACUGGAAAUACAUCAUUUGUUUAUUGUAGAAAUUGACGAUUUUAGUUAGAUUAGCAUCAGAAAAUCCUUUCAAAGUCUGUGUGUGUGUGUUUUUUUUAACAAAGCAAAAA